AUGGCCUCCACAGCCAAACCUCUAGUGACACCAUUACCAGAUGGACCUCAUGAGGAACCACUCACUGCAGGGCAAUGGACCACCAUAAUGGCCAUAAUGGAUACAAUAAUACCGUCAAUUCAUCGAGAUACAACAACGAACCGUACAAUAUCUCAAUUGGCAAUUGCAGAUGUGGAAUACAACGCGGCGGCAGGUCAUAUUCAGAAGACCAUAGUUGAUGCACCGGAUAGCAGGUCAUUGGACCAGUAUCUGAACGAGAAAGCUUCCGAUAUUCCGAGCUUCCAAGCCUUGCUGAAGCGUACACUCGCACACUAUACCCCCGAGGAUUCGAGAAAAGGGUUGGCUCUUGUUCUCUCGGCAUUAAACACCCGAGUAGGAUCCCUGAUACUCACUGGCUAUGCCCUACCCAUUCACAAACAACCAAUCCAUAUUCGCCAAGACAUCCUCCACCGCUGGAGUCAAUCAUAUAUUCCUAGUCUGAAUACGUUCAAGAAGCUAAUGUCGCAACUUGCCAAGCUUUGUUGGUUGAGGACAAGUCCUACAUUCCAGAAAGUCUCCGGCUUCCCAUCAGUCCCGGGUCAUUACGAACCUGGACCGCACUACGAGUACGAAUUCAUACAGUUUCCCACUGGUUCGGAUCCUGAAAUCGUCGAGACAGAUGUUGUCAUUGUGGGAUCCGGAUGUGGCGGUGCCGUUUGUGCAAAGAACCUGGCUGAAGCGGGUAACAGUGUCUUGGUGGUUGAUAAAGCUUAUUAUUACCCUCCUUCGCAGCUCCCAAUGACCGAGGAGAAUGCAGGUAUUCACAUGUUUGACAAUGGGGGAGCAGUCGUCACAGAUGACAAUUCAUUGACUGUAAUUGCCGGUAGCUCGUGGGGAGGUGGAGGAACGAUUAACUGGUCGGCAAGCUUGCAGACGCAAGGCUAUGUACGCAAAGAAUGGGCUCGGGAUAGAGGGCUUACCUUUUUCGAAACGGCCGAGUUCCAAUCUUGUCUUGAUAGAGUCUGUCAUCGGAUGGGCGUAUCGGCGGAUUAUAUCAGACAUAACCAUGGAAAUAAGGUUCUUUUGGAAGGCUCCCAGAAGCUUGGCUAUCAUGCCAAAGCAGUCCCUCAAAAUACAGGCGGUACAGAGCAUUAUUGUGGGCACUGCGGCGUUGGUUGUGGCGCGGCCCAGAAGCAAGGCCCUGUUGUCUCCUUUUUGCCGGAUGCCGCAAAAGCAGGGGCUAAGUUUAUGGAAGGUUUCCAGGUCGACAAAGUUUUGUUUGAAGAUUCGAACAAAACCAAAGCUAUUGGGGUUGAGGGCCAAUGGGUUUCACGGAAUAGCAGGGGCAACGUAGAUGGUCCACUUUCGGAGAGAAUAGUGCGCAAGGUAAUCAUCAGAGCUAAGAAGGUUGUCGUUUCUUGUGGGACUUUGUGGAGUCCCAUAGUACUGAUGAAUAGUGGCCUAAAGAACUGGCAGAUCGGACGGAACUUGUACCUCCAUCCAGUAAAUUUUUUUGCGGCUGUCUUCAAGGAGGAUGUGAGGCCUUGGGAAGGUGGGAUUCUCACCUCAGUCUGCACCAGCUUCGAAGAUCUAGACGGACACGGACACGGCACAAAAAUCGAAACAACCAUCAUGCUCCCCUCCCUGUUUAUGACUAUGAUGAACUGGACAAAUGGCCUCGAAUACAAGUUGAAUGCCCUCAAAUUCAGACACAUGAACGGCUUCAUCUCCAUAGCCCGCGACCGCGACACCGGUCGCAUCUAUCCCGACCCCAUCAGCGGCAAACCCAGAAUCGCAUACACGCCCAGCGUUUACGACCGCGCGCAUAUCAUAGAAGGCCUCGUUGCCGGUGCCAAAAUCUGCUAUGUCGAGGGUGCUACGGAGAUCCAUCCUUUCAUUGAAGGAGUCAAACCUUUUAUCCGUGAUCCAGAUCAGGAAACAUCAGCAAGUACGGCAGGGAAUGAGCCGGACCUGGGGGUCUCGGAUCCACGGUUCCGCGCAUGGUUGGAAGAACUUAAGCGUAUUGGCAAUAAGCCUCCUGCUGGAUCUUUCCCUUCUGCCCAUCAGAUGGGUAGCAAUCGUAUGUCUGCCACUGCGAAAGACGGGGUUGUGGAUGUGAAAGGCAGGGUUUGGGGUACGGAGAAUCUGUAUGUGAGCGAUGCCAGUGUGUUUCCUAGCGCAAGUGGUGUCAAUCCCAUGGUUACGAACAUGGCAAUCAGUGAUUGGAUUUCGAAUAACAUUGCUAAAGAGAUGAGGGGUGUCGGAUCUACGGUGGAAGCGAGGUUGUGA